GACGCAAGACAUUUUUGUUGUGAUAAUAGUUGUGAUAAUGUAUCACACCCACUGUUACGGCGGCGCAUAAAGGAGGUCGUAAGGUGGCACCAAAACCGCUGCACCUAACUCUAUCUUGGUGCAAAAAUCCCCCAAAAGCUCCACCCUCGUUUUAUUCCAAUUUCUCAAUCCAUCAAUGGCGACAUACAAGCUCGCAGCGAUCAUCAGGAACCCUAACAAUAACGACGAGUUCCUUCUUGUUAAGCAAACUCCGCCUCCCAAAUACGAUGAUCAAGAAUACGACUCGUAUGCUGACUCCGACCUCUGGGACUUGCCGUCGGCGAAGUUGACCUCGCUAUCACCGGAAGUAGAUUCCUCGCCUCACUUUGUACUGCAAGGCGAAGAAGCGUGUUCGCAUAAGCUCAAUUUGAGGAAAUUUGAUCUUCCUUCAGCUCUUGCCGAGGUUUUGGGACAAGUAGGUUUUGAAUCAGUCAAUGGAGUAGAAUGGAAGUUUUUGAAGCUUGUGGAAGAACCUAAUUUUGGACCAGGAUUCCCUAUUGAGACUGUGUAUGUGACUGGAGACCUUGUUCUUGAGACUUUAAAAGACCAUUGUCAAUGGAGUUCCAAUGAAAUUUGCUCCAAUUUGCUUCUUCAAGUAAAGCCAGGUGGCAAUCGAAUUGGGCCAUUAGCAGUCAACAGUCUACUCAAAGAGUCAAUGCAAUCUCAUUCCUUGAAAUUGCCUCCAACAUUGUCAUGUCAGGAAUACCCUCCUGGAGUAAACAUUAUACCUAUGAGAAGCAAAACAGCACAACCUUUUCAUACAACAAAUUUGAUUGUAUUUACAAAUGGGAAUAAUCAAGUUGAACAUGAAAGUAGUUCCUUUAUUGCUCAUGGAGAUGCAAUGAUAAUAGAUCCUGGAUGUCGAUCAGAGUUUAAUAAAGAGCUUGCAGAAAUUGUUACUGCUUUACCACAAAAGUUAAUUGUAUUUGUCACUCAUCAUCAUCGUGAUCAUGUUGAUGGGCUUUCCACUGUUCAAAAAACCAAUCCUGAUGCUCGUCUUUUGGCACAUAAAAACACCAUAAGCCGCAUUAGAAAAGAUGAUUGGACUCUUGGUUGUACAACAGUUUCUGGAACAGAAGAGAUCUGCAUUGGUGGAGAGAGAUUCAAAAUCAUAUUUGCUCCAGGGCAUACAGAUGGACAUCUAGCAUUGUUGCAUGUUAGCACUAAUUCAUUGAUUGCAGGUGAUCAUUGUGUGGGACAAGGAAGUGCUUUCUUGGAUAUAAAUUCUGGUGGUAAUAUGAAUGAUUACUUCCAAACAACUUACAAAUUUAUGGACCUCUCACCAAAUGCUUUGAUCUCCAUGCAUGGAAGGGUUAAUUUAUGGCCAAAACACAUGCUUUGUGGUUAUCUUAAGAAUCGUAGAAGUAGAGAAUCUACAAUCUUGAAAGCUAUAGAAUCAGGGUCAAAAACUUUGUUUGAUAUAGUUGCAUAUACAUAUGCUGACGUGGACAGAAAUCUUUGGGUGAUUGCUGCAUCUAAUGUGAGGCUUCAUGUUGAGCAUCUUGCUCAUCAAAACAAAUUGCCUAAGGAGUUCUCUUUAGAAAAUUACAGGCGCAGUUGUUCUCAAUUUACUAUCCACGUGGGUAAAUUAUAAACCCAGGCCACGUCAUCUGCUGACUCCCCCCCUUCUUUUACCUUAGGUUAAACUUUUUGCAUUUUAACCCGAAGACUUUCCAAAAUAUUUAAACUUGAAAAUUUGUUACCACCUUAUACUAUAUGAUAAAAAGAAAAUUUAAAGUUUGUUGAUCUUAAAUAAACAUAUAAAAAAUGAUUACAAUUUUUAUUUUUGUAGGAGUUUUCUGUAGAAAAGUUUGAGUCAACAUGUAGAGUUCAUUUCUUUUUACGGUGGGUGUGGACAUAUGUACAAAAUCGCAUUAUUAAUUAUCCAACUUUGAUGCUGCUUGGUGGUCUAACAGCUUCUGGUGUUGCUUUGUUGUAUUCUGUACGCAAUAAUCUAAAUUCUAGAUGAAAGUUCUAAAAUUUACAAGUUAUAUGAUGUAUUAAAUUUAAACUUAUUUA